AUGGUAUCCCAGAAGCAGCCCGUCUACGUCUUGGGCAUAGGCAUGACCAAAUUCAUCAAGCCCCGCGGCAAAGUCGAUUACCCAGAGCUCGGCUUCGAAGCCGGCGUAAAAGCCAUGCUCGACGCGCACAUCAACUACGACGAAGUCGACCAGGGCGUAGCAUGCUACUGCUACGGCGACAGCACCUGCGGCCAGCGCGUCUUCUACCAGUUCGGCAUGACAGGCAUCCCCGUCUACAACGUCAACAACAACUGCUCGACGGGUUCGACGGGCCUCUUCAUGGGCAGGAAUAUGAUUGCGCAUGGCGCGGCGGAUUGCGUGCUGGUCGUGGGCUUUGAGAAGAUGUUUCCCGGCAGUCUGCAGACGUUCUUUCAGGAUCGAGCGAAUCCGACGGGGACGACGAGCUUGAUGAUGAAGGAGACGAGGGGCAUUACGAAGGCGCCCGGCGCGGCGCAAAUGUUUGGGAAUGCGGGGCGAGAGCAUAUGGAAAAGUACGGCUCUAAACUCGAAGACUUCGCCGAGAUCGCGCGCAUCAACCACGCACACUCCAAGAACAACCCCUACUCGCAAUUCCAAGACGAAUACACGCUCGAGCAAGUCGUGAAAGCGCCCAUGAUCCACGAGCCCCUCACAAAGCUGCAAUGCUGUCCUACAUCGGACGGUGCCGCCGCAGCUGUUCUCGUCUCGCAAGCGUUCCUCGACAAGCGACCAGAGCUCAAGAGCCAGGCUAUACUUAUCGCAGGCCAGUGCCUCGCGACGGAUAAGCCGGCGCUAUUCAACCGCAGUGCGAUUGAGCUUGUGGGGUACAGCAUGAGUGAGCUGGCUGCGCAGAGGGCGAUGCAGGAGGCGAAUGUGAAGCCGGAUGAUGUUAAGGUGUGUGAGUUGCAUGAUUGCUUCUCCGCGAAUGAGAUGGUUACGAUUGAGGCGCUGGGGCUUGCGCCGAAGGGCAAGGCGCACGAGCUUGUCCGCAAGGGUGGCAUCACAUAUGGCGGCAAGCUCGUUAUCAACCCCAGCGGAGGUCUCAUUUCCAAGGGCCACCCGCUUGGUGCCACGGGUAUUGCUCAGUGCGCGGAACUUGUAUGGCACAUGCGAGGAUGGGCGAACAACCGCUCCGUCAAGGACACCAAAGUCGCCCUUCAGCAUAACCUGGGCCUUGGUGGUGCGGCCGUGGUCACAGUGUAUAAGCGUGCCGAUGGGAGCGCCGCGAAGGAUCUGUCGAAUGAAGAAGUAGCUAAGCUUACAGGUCUAUGGUACAAUCCCGCAGUGGUAGCUAAGGGCUUCACGAAGGAGCAGGUGGAUGCGGUGAGGAGUAAGAAUGCGCGGAGUGAGUGGGCGCUGCAGGAUACGGAGCAGAAGGUUGAGGCCAGGUUUUAG